UGUGGAUCAGGUCGGGUCGCGGGAUUUAAUUGUGUGGGUGAUUCUAUGGAGUAUCUGCAGUUGAUGGAUUUAUGGCGUCGAGAAUCACGUUGCUGUGUUGUCUGCUAACGGUAGCGUCGUCGAGUUCCUGCGACAAAGGUGAGCCCUGUAUUUUUGUACGGCACGGCCGCACGGAGCCGCACUGGACUAAGUCUGGACCUCGCUGAACACGUCCAAGGCACGUGUGUUGUCGUAUACGUAAGCUUGGCUGAGCCCCCUCCUGCCACGACCUUCAGGCCGUCUCUGGUCUGUCGACUUGUCUGUAGAAUGCUCUGUUCGCACUGCGGAGGGCCAGUGCAUUCAGAGGGGCAUCAACUUCACUCGCCUGUCUGGUGCAAAACUGGUAGCGGUGAAGGGUGAGCCCCUCCUGCUGGACUGCUCUGUGUCGGUGCUGCCGGAGCUGGCUCCGUACAACAUCACCUGGAAUCACAAUGGAAGGCCAUUGGACUGGAGCAUCACAGAGCACACGGUGCUGUCGAAUGGUUCCCUUUUCAUCGACCAGUUUGCCUACCAGAAGAAGAAGAAUGGCCGCAGGGACGAUGGCACAUACACUUGCAUGGUGCAUACAAAGGCUGGCACCAUGUUCAGCCGCCCGGUUCAAGUCGAACUAGCACGAAUGCCCAAAGGCUUCACCGAGGAGCCACAACCAUUGAGUGUUGCUGCUGGGAGUAUCGCGAGGUUUGCAUGCCACGCCAUGGCUGUGCCAGCUGCGCUCUACAAUUGGCAGCGCAACUUGGAGGACGUGCCGCCUGACGAUGAACGGUUCACGCAACUUUCUUCAGGGGCCCUGCAGAUUGUUAAUGUUACAGCUGCUGAUGCUGGGAACUAUCGCUGCAUUGCCAAAAAUGUUGCAAAGACUCAGUACAGUGCAGAGGCUGCAUUGACAGUGUUACAGUCAGCUCAUCAUGCAGGAGCCCCUGAUCAGCCACCAGAGUUCCUAAACCCAUCUUCUCAGGAGCUGACACUUGUAACGGGAGACACAGUCGAGCUUGAAUGCUUUGCCAGGUCAUCACAGCACACUUUUGUCACAUGGAUCCGGCAAGGGGGAGCACUUUUGCCUGAAGGCCGCAGCACUUAUUUCGGUCGAGGUAAUCUGCGGAUUACCAAUCUGACUCGAAGCGACGCUGGCACCUACAAAUGCCUUAUCAGCACGUCACGAACUACAGCUACCGAGACACUUUCAUUAGCAUCCCAGUCACACACACUGAUCAUUUAUGAGCCCCCAACCUUUGCAUCAGACAUGAUAAGUCGAGUUCGCCCUGCUGCUCGCACAGUUCGAUUCGAUUGCGAUGCCCAGGGAUUUCCUGCACCUGAAGUGCGCUGGUUCAAAGAUGGCCAGCCCCUAGUCAUCAAUGGUCGCAUUAAGGUGAUGCGGUCAGAGGACAUCAAGUACCUGCGGAAGGUACGACGCCACUUGGUUGAAGAGAGUGGCAGCGGCCCGCAGCACCAGCGGCGCCCCGCAAGCAACGUGCUUGUUAUCUCUCACCCAGUUAAGCGGGAUGCAGGCUUCUACCAGUGUCUGGCAACGAACGUAGCUGGCCUGAACACCCUUGCUGCGCGACUGGUGUUGAAUGCCUCAGGGGACCAGCCCAGUCCUCCAACGGGUCUGAAGGCUGUCACAAAUUCAAGCACAGCCAUUCUGCUUUCCUGGAACCCCUCUGCCAUAUCGCCGGGACAGAUAAUCCAGGCCUACUCAAUCCACUACCUCCCCACAGCAGGUGGCAACGAGCUUCAGAAGGUCUCUGUAAACACGGCACUUCUCAUCGAAAAGCUGAUGCCUUUCACCAACUACACCUUCUAUGUGCGAGCCUACAGUGGCAAAAGUGCCAGUGAGCAGUCGGAGAAAGUCACCCAAAUCACUGGAGAAGAUGUGCCCCUUGGUGCCCCAUCUGUGACUGUGACCAGCCUUACGCCAACAACCAUGCACAUCUCGUGGAGCGAGCUCCCGCCAACAGUGGCCAGAGGCAAUAUUGCGCUCUACCGUAUCCACUAUCGCCUGCAUGGGCAGAAUUACAACAACGUUUUGGUCGUCAAGGGAACCGUCCACGAGUACACCAUCACUGGUCUGGAACCGACCAAGGAAUACGAUGUUCGAGUUAUGGCUGGAACAGCCGAGGGCUUUCCAGCUCUUUCGGAUGAAGCUUGGCCCUGGGUCACAUACCGCAUGCCUCACAAGUCCUCCUCAACCAUGCCAUUGCCUCCAGUUCUGUACCUGAUUGUCAUCAAUGCCACUACCCUGGAGGCCCGGUGGUCUGUGUCCCCGGAGGAAAAGAACCCAGUGUUGGGCUUCAAGCUGCGCUUUCGAGAACAGGGCAGCCACUUUCCGGACCCCAUUGUCCUGCCUAACACAACCUUCUCCUAUGUAGUCUACAACUUGAAACCUCAGACCUGGUACGAGGUGCAUGUGUCUUGCUUCGGCCAUCUUGUGGAUGGCCAAGAAACUGUGCAGACAAUCCUGACCCACCCUGAAAACCUCACAGUAGAGGGUGAUGUCGACCCACCUGGUGGCUUGGAAGCGGAGCCAACAUCGCCACGUUCUAUUCACCUGUCCUGGAAGCCACCAAACUCUAUUCACAACAUCACUUACUACACCGUUCGCUACAGUGCCGUUCAUCCCAAGAACCACAUGAACUCUUCUGUGGUGCAUUAUGUUCGAAGCACGACACCGGAGGUGGUUGUGAAGGACCUGCUGCCAUACACGCUGUAUGGCUUUGCUGUGAGAUCCCACGAGUCUGACAACCGCCCUGGCCAUUUCAGUCAGCUCAUUGAAUGCAGGACAAGCGAGGACAAACCUACUGUGCCCCGAGACAUCACUUGGGCACCCGUUGACCUUGGCUCCAUCCGACUAAACUGGCUGGCACCUGAGUUCCCCAAUGGUGUGAUUCAGGCCUACCACAUCUUCUACAAUGCCAGUGUAGUUGACACAACACAGGUUGACAAGUGGAAAAAGAAGAAAGAACCAGGAACACACCUGACAUCUAUACUGAACGGAUUGUCCAUCAACAAGGUGUACUCAUUGCGCAUGCAAGCCGAGACCACAGCUGGCCUUGGUCCCUUGACUCAAGUCAUCAAGUUUGUCAUCAGUGUGCCAUCACGCAGCACCAUCUCUCCUCACCCUCAAGCUGCAGGCCAGGAAGCGAAUGACCCGUCGCUAGGAAUCUUGCUGGGCGUACUGGCUGGCCUGUUGUGCAUGGCAGCGUGUGCAGUCAUCAUUCUCUACAAGAACAGCAAAUGUGGCUGUUCGGGCAGCAGCACGGAUCAGCAUGGACCUUCCAGUGGCAGGUCGUGCUUUGCAGCAUUUUUUGGUCAGUGCAAAAUGCCAGCCCCAGCACGAGAGCUUGAAGUGCUUUCAGUUACUUCUUCCGGUCCUGGAAACCACCUUGAUACUAAGGGAGGCUAUCCAGCAACACAGUGUAAUGGCAAGACCAAUGGGCAUGCCAGAGGGAAGCAACCAAAUGGCACAGCACCAAAUGGACAUGUAGGCAACGGCAGUGCUGUUUGCUUUGUGAAAUCUUCAGGCACGCAAAAGCAGAGGACCAGCAAAGACCCGGAGUCUCGGCUUCCACUGCCUCGCAGCCAGCAUCGGUACAAUGCUCACGACUGCUCCGUGCAAGAAGAUGGGGGUGCGUGGGACCCAGACGCCGUGCCGGCACCUACACCGCUCCUCGCAGACGACUCUGCCGCAAGUGGAACAUGGAAAGCCACUGACGACUUGACAACGACCGAGGACAGCAUGCUCGACGUGACAGCAGGCACUGCCGACGACCAGAGUGCCUCCUUGCGUCUUCUGCGCAGUGGACCUUCAGAACAGACAGCCAGUGUAAUAUUGCAUGGUUUGGAGGAGACCAAAAACCUUGUGGGACCUACCUAGUAGAACUUGUGGGAUACUACUUGCGGGGAAAAAACAAAAUGAGAUGUACAAAGCUCAGCGCCCCUGUGCAGGUUCCUUGCUAACAGUGUUGUGCGCGGGCCAUAUGUCUUUCGAAAGUCACUGAAAUUGGAGUGAGCCGACAACUAUGGAAAAAAAAAAUGAAAGAAUAGCAGAUAGGCAUCAAAAUGACAUUGGAGCUUGUGUGUUUAGGAAGAAGCUCUGUGCCUUGUCAGUGUAUAUUGUAAAAAAAAAAAAGCUUUUAUUUCCGUCACUUUAUUAAACAGCCUCGAAGUGUGGGCCCAUUGGCCAGCAGAUGCUAGUCAGGAGUGUAUGCCCAACUUGGCUGUUGUCCAAGACCCACAUGGCAUAUGAUAGCACAACAUUGUGCGCAAGGAACCUUGGUCUGUAGCUAGAUCGUUGGCUUGACUUUCCUGAUGUCCGGUGACUAGCAAACACCCUUGCAGUGGCUUGGGUCAAAGCACCUUUGCUGUUAUACUUGACACAUCAUGGCAAAGCACUAUAGUAUUGCUCGUUGCGAGCAUAUAUUACCAAUGGCAGUACAAAGGUGACCAAUAGGAGUAUUGGCAGUGAUGAUGCUGAUGGCAACUUAGUUUAACAUUUCUUGCUAUUGGCAUGAGUAACUUAUUUGUCUCGUCUUAGUGAUGUCUAUACUUGUCCACAAGGUCACAAGGUAUAAUUGAAAACGAAAUUUAACCCAGCUUUCAGUUGUCUGCUUUUCCGUGCCAGAGCACAAAUGUUUUGAGUGAAGUGCUCUGUGUGGAAAAGAAACUGAAGCUUUGUGUUUGUGUGUUUCUUCCACUGCUCUUUAAAAAAGAAACAUUUAUAUUUAUUAGAGAUCGUGAAAAGAAAUGCCUUAUAGCAUCUUCAUUGUCAACAGCUUACCUGGUUGCAGCUUGCCUGAUGACUGCAGUGGAAAUUCUGACUCGUUGACAACUUUAAAAGCCUCCACGCCGCUGGUGGUGUGGUGGGAAGGAACUCGCGGUAAAGCAGCAUUAUGUCUGCAAAUGGCAGAAGUUGCACAGGGGGACAUGGGGAAUCUCAUUUGUUGGUAUACUCCGCGCUCAGGUUACUCAGUUCAGAAUCAUUACACACACACACCCAGUGAAAGAGAAAAGAAAAAAAAAAAAACACCAGUGUCGACCAGAAAUAGGAAACAGUGGUACGAGAAAGAAAACAAAAACCUCUGGACACACAAAGCUACAAAAGAAGCGGGUAUUUUUUUGUUUACUGUUUCCAUUUUUUACACACAUAUAUAUUUAUACAAAGGCUUCAUGCCAUUUCCAGUGUGUCCAUAUGAAUGGCAGGCAGAAUGCUGAUGCUGCUGUUUUCUUUCGGCUCUCUUGCUCUUCAAUGCUGAAUUGGCACUUUACUGACAGGGGAGGCUGUUGAAAAAUAUUCCGCAGACAAAAGCGCCUCAUUGCCAAAUUCGUGCCUGACACAGAAAUGUACGGGCUAACACCUCUCAGGGCACUAACACCACUUUCACGUUUUGUACCGACACCAGCAGACUGCCCCUCCAGUCGUGUACCAUAAUACAUUGCAAGAAAAAAAUGGGGACUUCACGUGGCAGUCCUGGGGCUGUUGUCUCGAUCGAUCACUUUUUGGCAAUGUACUUUCACUUUCAUGUAACUUGUCACCUUGCUGUAGCAACAGGCCCCUGCUAUUGUUGGAUAAAAGCACUCCCAUGACACGAGUGGAGAAAUAGUGCUUACAGUGAACGUUCAUACCUUCAUAAUUGACUUAGAUUGAAGCGCACCGAAGACGUGGACACAGAAAGGAAGUAGACCGGACAGCACUUGCACUCUCAACUGAUUUUUUAUUGGACAGAAAAACAUUUGUAAAGGUGUUACAGCAAUCAUUUACAGAUGUUACAGUUUAUACCUUCAAAGUUGCUCUUGGUAACAUCAACUUCCACUGGUAGAACCAGUCGGCAUGCAAUCAAAGUGAUAGCUCUGAACAGGAAGCGAUCAGAUUGAUCGACCACUUAUGGUGGUACGUUGGCUCUUCAACGACAUUCACUCUUACAUUGACUUAACAUCUGGCGUGAUGCCACACUUGAGUGACAGGCAUCCUGUCAAUGCACUCAAGUGCCAUACAGCUUGGAAAAAAAUUUUUUAAAUUGAUAGGAAGUGCGGCCACUCUUUUUGUCGCAUGCGCUUCCGUUGGCUCAGCCAGUCAAGACACAUGGAAAGUCAUCUCCGAAUAGGAAUCGAUCGAAAACACGGCCCCAGCUCAUGCAAAGGCGUGCACAGUUGCCAUUUUUCUUUUUCUUUACUUCCAUUCUUUGAAUUCUCACCCAUGACCUAUAGCUAGCUGCAUGCCAUUAGAUGCAUGAACAAGAAGCUCAGAAUCUCACUAGAGAGAUGGCUUUUUUAAUGCAUGAAAAGGAAGCAUCUGCUAGUAAGCUUUCCUUCUUUUUUGUCCUGCUUUUUACAGAGCGUUUAAGUCUUAAAAGAGAGAGAUCUGAGGGAAAUGACACUCCUCUUGGCAAACACACACACUCGCACACAUUCACACAGACAACCCAAAGUGCAAAAAAAAUAUGUGUGCACACAUUCACAUAAAGCACGUGUUCAGCGGUACAAAGAGCUGCCCCCUCUCUCACCUCUCCACCCCUCGCAAAGGGACUCGUACGAACAGAGUCCCUGCUAAGGUACAAAGUACUGCAUUGCCCCAGUACGCCAAAGACAUGGCUACCCGUCAUUUGCUACACACAUCGCAGCCAAGUGGCAGCCUAUGGUACUUUCUGUUCCGUUCCAUAACCGUAGCAUGUUAUGUUCAAAAAUAAAGAUAGUAUAUAUUUCGCAUGGGCAUGUUUUUUUGAAGAAAUUUUAAAUGUGAGGUCUCCUUAGGGCAUGCAGUGGGCUUUAGCAUUCACGGUGCUCCACAGCUGCUCAUAGUAGAUGCUUUCCGUCGUUGUGCUUGAAAUUGCUGGUUCAGUUUGUUGCUGUGGCAGCUGUUUAGAAUGAGGUGCAGUUUUAAAGAAAAUCUUGUUAGCAUGCUAAAACUACAACAUGCAUCAUAGAGCACCAGGUGGAUGAGAUUAGUCCGGUGCCUUCCACGGUGUCUACUGUUGUAUCACCCGUGUUGUACUUUAAGCCUGAAAAUGGCGUUGGCUUGCAUUUGUAAAAGUCUGCAGAGCAGCUAAGAAAACUUCAUGGUAAUAGGGGCUGAGUGCUUUGAGACUGUCAGUUUUGCUGUUGCAAUUUUGCUCUUAUAACUUAGGUUUGGCAAGAAAUCUUAAUGUAUGUUUAAAGAGUGCUUUGGAUUAUGAGAGGGAAAGGACCAUGCUCUAAUGAGGCUUCACUUUGUCACUAAAUAGAGGCAUGCUUGUGUUCAAAGUGGAAAAAAGCUUAAAUUCAUUUUUUUUCUUUCUCCAACUCGUGUAGCUGAAACAAAGAAGAAAAAAAAAGAAGGGUCAUAGGCAUGCAACGACAGUGUAUAUAAUUACAACGCGUACCUUUUCACAAUGCUCAAGACAGCUCCCACCAUCAUGUCAUGCACGCCACAUCUCAUAUUCAUGGUGUCACUUGUAAGCCGCUAAUGUACAGUUGUCCUCGUCAUCACACAUGUAAGGUGCCAACUGCAUUGCUUCUCACAUAGCAAAAAAGACACGCACGUGUGUAGUCAUUUGGAAAGGAGAAAAAAAAACAUGUUCCCUUCCCCAUUCUUCAAAGGCGUGUUAGCCAGUGUUUCUGUGUGUUAACUGCUGCUUGCAGACAGCAAGCAAUGACACAGGUUUGGAAGAGCAAAAGAGAAAAUGAUCUGCUUAAAAAAAAAAAUGGGAUGGGAAACAAGGCAGGAUUUUUUUUUUUUUUUUUUUUUCUCGCUUGACAUUCUGUCAUCAGCCAUGCUUGCAAGCACUUGUUUAGGAUUCAUUUCAGAGAUGACUCUGAGUGCAGGAAAAAAAAAAGGAAAGGAUGCUGUUUUCGUUCUCGCUAUUCAUUUUUGCAUUUUUUCACAGAUUGUCCAUUCCAGCAGAGAAAUACUAAUAAAGAAGAUAUAUUUUACAUUAAAGUACUAGCUUAAAAACUCAGGUGCUUUUGACGCGUGGAGCUCCGCAAGAACAUGUCAUGCGCUGCCGAACAGCUUGCGGCAGGAAAUAAAACCGUUGAAGGUUGCGAUGGGUGGAGCAAAAGCCUCGUAUCUUUUGCCAGGGUGAAAAUGGAACAAACGAUGUGUUACUCAAAUGCAAGACGUGGCAGUGUGGAGUGGCCUGUGAAUCGUACAGAUGAAUGCGAUAACGGGCUCGCACAGACGACAAGACAAAUGGGCGUGAGGUUUAUAAAAUUGAGAAGAGCCACAGGAAAGGAAAACGGUUAGUCUUGAGUGCACACUGAUUUUCCACAAUCAGACUCAUUGUUGUCCACUUGUUUCCUGUGCCUUACAGUGUUAACAGUCUUCUGUAAGAUGCAAUGUCAAGUAAAAAAAAAAAAAGGGAUCUUGAAGGGAGGCUCUGCAUAUAUAUAAAGCAUGUUGCCUGAACACCAUGUAAAGGGCUGUGUUUCCAGCCCAACCCCAAGAAGACGCCGGUAUCAGAACUUGGCCCUGGAAAUCGGGCCUUGCAUUUGAAUGCAGAGAGCCUAUGGAUGAGACUGGGGAAGAAAGAAAAAGAAAGUAAAAAAAAAAACUGUAGCAGGGUACUUAAGGAUGCAAGACGUAGUGCUGUUACAUUCAGGUUCCGUUCUCUUGGUUUUUUUUUUUUUUCGGUUUUUUUCGUCAACCACAGUUGCAUACUGCCUUUUUGUUUGACCAGAGAUUCACGGAGUAUUUUGUUUAUCUUUUUCUUCUUGAGGGCUGGACUUUUAUUUAAUGCUUACUUUUAUCUCUAAGUGGACAGGUCCACUCUGCACAUGUUAAUAGUUUCCAUUGUACUCAUCUGUUGGCAUUUCCUGCAGGGUGGACACAUGGCUUCAUAGAGGUAUUUGUUUAAUGUCUUCCCCCCCCCCCCCCUUUUUUUUUCUCUUUUUUUUGUGCAUGUGUUGUUUGUGCACGUGUCCACUGUAAACAUGCAUUUUUUUGAGCCAGCUAUUUUUUCAAUGUUAUCUACCUCAAUUUGUUUUAUACCUGUGUGUAUGUGUACAUUACAUCAUGUUUUUUUUUGUCACUUUUAUUCAUUGUUCGACAGAUGGCUUAGCAGGGGCUGUUUCUCAGGGAAAUAUGUAAAAACAGAAGAUGGAGAAUGAGAGAGAGAGAGAGAGAUAGUGGACAGGAGAGAAAAACAAAUCAUCGAGCCCUGUGGCUAAUGCCAUAUCACUUGUGUAAUGUUAUAAGGAUUGUUUGUUUUGUCACCUUUUUUUUUUUUCUUCUUCUUCUUCUCGCAGUUUUGUUUUUUCUUUCUUUGACAUGUCUCCAGUGGUGCACUCAUAACACAGAGGUGGACCAUGGUGUUGCGUUCUUUCGAGACUUGCUUAAAAAAACGUGAAUAUUGUAUCCGCUUACUGAGAUAUCUUUUUGUGUGUUCAGUGAGCUUGCUUCUCUACUCCAAACACUUGUUUCCCAGGAUCUAGUUUUUCUUUGUGUUUCUUAGUCCUUGUGAAUAAGUUGGCGUUAGUUCCUCUAAGCAGAUAAGAAGAAAGAGGAAGUCUUGUACAGGUCAGGAGACUCAGGCUUGUUUCGUCGUGCGGCGCCGCGCAGCUGCGCUGGCCGCCCAGAUGACGGUCUCUGAGAUUUAACCCUGGAGUUGCAUAUAUCCUUGCUGCAUGUGUAUUUUAACGCAUACAUGCACAUUCAUCUCUGUGAGGAGUUUGGGAAGAAGUGCAUUUUUGAGAGAUAUUGAAAGGCUACUCCCACAGCAGGCUGGCAGAGCAGUAGUGCGUACUGCAGGAGCAACAAAUAUGCGCUGUAUAUAACUGCAUGUGUUCAUUACAUUCUUUUUCUCUCUCUCUCCCUACUUUGUGCCACUCUUGUUUGAUUGUUGCUGACAUUGAGCUCACGGAACAUGCAGUGUUGUCUACAGUGCUACAAGAAAGCCCUUAGUGCUCAGCGAGGUAGUUGUGUUGUGGUACGGCACUAGCUAUUAUUAUAAUAUACCCUUGUUAACCAAUUGUGCCACAUAUUAGUCAUGUUAUGUGUACAAAAAAUGUGCCGUACACCUGCACGGUCUCAUCGGUGCAAUCAAAAGCCUGCCAUCUCUUGAAGGGGCCACAAAUAGGGAUCUUCAUUGCGUGUUUCCUGCUUGGGCUGAGACAAGAAAAACAUGGUACUGACUCGAAUUCACUUGCGAGGGCAAAGGAACAUAGCAAACGGGCUGGGAUAGGUGGUGGCUUUGGUGUAGUCUGACCUCUGCCCAGCUGCACACCAAGUGUAGCUUAAGUUCCUACCAUCCUGUUUUAUUCUGCCCUCGGAUACUGUUUAUUACAGCAUUGUUGUCGGGUCUCAGGCUACAUCACCCAUAGUUGCCCUUAGCUAACUGGGCAAGAAAAAUCUAUUGUCGUCGUCAUCAAUUUUCGUUUAGUUUUGAUUGGUUGUGCUUGGCAUCUGAGGCACUUACAUGCACCUGCACGCUUUCA